AUUACCAUAGGAAAGUGACGUCAUCGCCAGUGCUCGCAGAAUAAGUAGUAGAAUAUAGGUGUUUUUUUUACUGCUUUAACUACGCACGAACGAAUCCACCGGUUUAAUAUCUCUACCUACGUGAGAGCCACACGAUGAGAAUAUUAUAUUAUGAAUAAAAAUGGAUCAUUUAUAAUAUCCGGAGUUUUAAUGAACUAUAUAGUAAAUCGAAGUAUUCUUUGAAGACGAAUCAGAAUGCUUCAGAAGGAGACCUCCGGGUCAUACCACGAAUUCAAUGACGAGGAAGAACUUCAAACCCCAGACUUCUACCAAGACAAUGACGGUGCCAACGGUGGCCUGGAGGAGCCAGAAGAAUCCAUUGCCAGUGUUCUACCAGAGGAAGACAUAGUGAACAGCAAUCCAUUGACAUUAUUCAACAAGGCCUGUCUGAAGAACGUGUUCACUGUCUUGCUGCUGUUCAUCUACCUGGUGCUGACGGCUGUGGCCGUGUUCCUGGCCUAUCAAACCAUCACGGACUUCAUGGAGAAGCUCAGUCACCCUGUCAUGUCUGUCACAUACAAGGAGGUGGAUGUCUUUUCUCCCCCAGGCAUUGCCCUGUACCCUGGUACGGCUCAGCUGCUGAGCUGUAAGCACCACUUCCACGCCCAUAUCCCACCGCUGGUCACCCCAGGGAAGCCCCAGCCAGGAGAUUGUGUCAUGGAGGAAGUGACCUACACUGGCCCCUACACCAACCACACUGUGAAGCAAGCCUUGGUGGUCAGCGGUCCAACAGAUGUCAGAAACAGAGAGUUGAUCUUCCUGCAGUUCAGUCAGAACGAGACAGAAGAGGAUUUUAGUGCCAUCACAUACAUGCUCUUCGACAAAUACAACGACCUGUCCAGAAGCGUAGAUAAAUCAGGGUUCAUGCAGGACUGUGAGAAGAACUACUCCAUGGUAACGUUCUCUGGAGGCUUCAGGACCUGGGUCAAGAUGUCACUGGUCAAGACCUCUGGGAAGAAAAACGAAUCCAUGGAGUUCCGGCAAGAGUCCAGUGUGGUCAAAUAUAAUGACAAGAGGCCAGUAUCAGAGCAAAAAGCCAUUCAGCUUUUCUUUGUCGCGUUUGAAUGGAGGGAUCCCUUUGUACAAGAAGUCAGAGAUAUUGUGACAGCCAAUCCGUGGAACACCGUGGCCAUCCUGUGUGGUGUGUUCAUGGCUCUGUUCAAGGCUGCUAACUUUGCCAGUUUUAGUGUGAAAUGGGUCAUCAAAAUUCGUAAGAGGCAUCUGAGGAACAGAAACAGGGAGCUGACCACAUCAUCUCAGAGAUACACAGUAACUAAUACUGAUAUUAAUAGAAUAGAAGAAUAACUUUUUAUUUUUCUCCCCGUGAACGAACUUCUUUCAACCAUUCAAUGAGACACUUGCUUUGAACUGCAAAUAUUGCCCUAGGUUAUGGGCAGCCGAUUUUUAAAAAUGUUGUUUUGGGAUCAUCACAUCAGAUUUUGUAUGUUUUUUAAGUAUUGAUGAGAUUGUAACGUAUAUGAUUUUAGACAACUCAACUAAAAGGUCAAAUUCACAAUGAUUUUUUUGUUUCUUUAUACAUAAGUCAUAUGUAGCAUUUCAAAAUGUGACUGUGGAAAUAGGAUUGUAAAAUGUAUUUAUGAAUGUUAUGAAAGUUGUUUCUGAUACCAUCAACAACUGACAUGAACUGUAAGCCAAAGGGAACUUCCUCAGUUCACCUUCCGUAACAUUCUUAAAAUCUGAGUUUCAAUUGAGCAGCGAGAUGUUUUAAAACGUGUUUUUUCUUUUUUUUUUUUUAAUAACUUAAAUUCUUAAGUAUCUUAUCACCUCUAAAUUACUGGAUAUUUUAUGUAUAUACUGUAUAUUAAAAAAAUGUAAAGGGAACAAUGAGUAAUGCUUACCAAAUGUGGACCAUGAUGCAAUUGCUUAUUUGUUUGUUUUUCCCGUUGUUUGUUUCCUUUUUUUUUUUUACAAAGAAUGGGUGAAUCUAGAACGAAGGAGUCAAUCUCACUGGAUGACUCAUACGACUGAACAACUGACUCGUACGGCUGAACAACUGACUCAUACGACUGAACAACGGACUCAUACGGCUGAACAACGGACUCAUACGGCUGAACAACGGACUCAUACGGCUGAACAACUGACUCGUACGGCUGAACAACUGACUCGUACGGCUGAACAACUGACUCGUACGACUGAACAACUGACUCGUACGGCUGAACAACUGACUCGUACGGCUGAACAACGGACACGUACGGCUGAACAACGGACUCGUACGGCUGAACAACGGACUCGUACGGCUGAACAACUGACUCGUACGGCUGAACAACUGACUCGUACGGCUGAACAACGGACUCGUACGGCUGAACAACGGACUCGUACGGCUGAACAACGGACUCGUACGGCUGAACAACGGACUCGUACGGCUGAACAACUGACUCAUACGACUGAACAACGGACUCAUACGGCUGAACAACUGACUCAUACGGCUGAACAACGGACUCAUACGGCUGAACAACGGACUGCUACUGAACCCAGAGUAAUAGUCUACUACUGUUUUCUUUGCUUCUACACACUAGGCGAAUAUUUACGAAUACCACCUCAUCCUGCUUGUUGCUUUCUACGUUAUUUACACAUCUUAGAAAAACUGGACUGAUCAACAAGGACCUGGGAUUUACUUGAAAUUGUGUAGAGCUUUUACUGUGAAAUAAAACUGUGCAAUUGAU